GCCUGAUUUGGAUAAGAACUGUUGCAUAAUUAGUUAGAGUGGACGUGGUAAUGUUGUAUCUAAAUGAAAAUAGAGGUAGAUCAAGAACAACUUCUGCUUCUACUUCUUGUUUUUAUCAUUCUAGGUACUUAUAAUGCAUUCGGUUUUUUUUACCGCAGGAGAAUGAAAGAAUGCGACAGGGUAGCUAGUGUGCUCAAGAACAUGAUAUCUAUUAACUUUUAGUACCUACAGCAUUACACGAUCUCUGUUGAUCCAGCAGUAGUCAGUCAAAAACUGAAAAACGUACUUUCCACAGGUUAUUGGCUGUAACUAAUGGUAAUAAACAGAAGUACACGACACCUUUUCUAAGGACUUGAUAAAAACGGGGGCUCGUGCUGCUCUCGGAGCGAAAACUAUCGGAAAACUUAGUUUAUUGACCACCUGGGAACCAACGUACUUUACACGGAGCCCUUCUAUGUAAAAACAUGACGUGAGCUCCUUGAAGGUCAAUACAUAGCCCCAUGUUUUGGGACUGUUAUAGAGGGUAGUUUUUGUUGCUACUUCCCGAACCUCCUCUCUUGGUUGGUGGGGGUACUUGGGCUACGUCUCAAACACGGAGGAAAGUGGAUGUUCUCCGAUGCAUAAUUGUAAUUGAUUAGAUUUGAAUGAUAUUACACGACAUACUAGAAGAUAGAACAUCAAGAAGGAAAUAUUCCCUUAUACUAUGAAGAUGAUAUCAUUGAAAGGUCCUCCUUGUUGGUUGCUCUCCUUUGUGUGGUCACCUUGUGUGGCAGCAGAGUGAAGGCGCCCUAUCCCAUCCGAGAACGUGAAAAACAUAAGAAAGGAAGUAAGUACAGGCUCCGAUUGAAGAAGACGGGGUCGAGGCAUCCUAUCCUAUCCUAUGUCCUUACGUUUCUUUGAAUGAAUUGCAAGUGGAACAGUCAGGAGAAGAUACAACAUGAAUUAAAAGUCAAUGGCGCGAGUGGUCUAUGACCACUACUUACGAAGAAGGAGACGAAGUAAUCUCGCGCCUGAUCAACUCCUACAUAGAAGAAGGUCAAAAACAUAAUGACCAUGGGCAGGUGAACAGUGACAGACAAAUGCCCAACUUCACAGGGAGAAAACGUUGGAAAGAGUGGCGCUGGCGCCAGUAUGUCUGAGUGACAUUAAUUGGAAUUGGAUAACUAACUAUAACAAGUUACUUAGAAGAUAAAAAAGCCCACUCUCAAAACAAGAAGAAGUGCUCUGCAUAUUAAUAGAAAAAGAAGAAGAAGAAGAAGAAGAACUACUCAACCACGGUGAACAUCUUGGUUUUUGACCCUUGUUUUGACCCUUUCUUUGUUUUGCCUCAACGCCCCCGCCUUACUAUGUAUUCUUCACGAUAUGUGGUAUUGUUUUUGUCCCUUUUUUUAGAACGAAAAUAGACAUGUUUUUCUUCCCAGCACUGCUAUAAAAUGAAUUGCAAGUUACAAGAUGAAUUGCAAAGUAUAAAAAAAACGCAGGGAGGAGGGCGGUCUCUUCAACAAAAAGGCAGUGUGAUCAACGCUAUUAAUGUGUCUGAAUCAUGCAGCCGACAAUAAUGCAC